AUGGUGAAGUCGACGCAUCUGCCGGAGACUGCAUUGGAGCAAUAUGCCAAGUUACUGAACUCCGACAGCAAGCGACGCAGGAGGGAGGUUGAGCCAGGCUUUCCAAUGUAUACCCUGCCUCUGGAAAUAUUUCUCCUUAUGUCAGACAUGGAGCCUCACGAAGAGCUCAUGGCGGACAACAAGCUCGUGAUCUUUCAAAAAGGCAUGGGCAAGGCAGCUUUUGUGUCCCACCAGUGGGUGGGCAUCGGACACCCCGACCCUGAGUUCAAGCAGAUGCGUGUCCUGCAGGAGUCCUUGCAGAACUUGGUGUCGGGCGACAGCCAGGUCUCCGUGGAUUUGAUCACGGAGUUUGUGUACUUCCGCUCCGCGGGCAUACCGACUUCGGUGUGGACAUCUCACAAGCUUUUCCUGUGGAUUGACUACUUUUCCUGCCCACAGCUUGAACGAUUUUCAAACCCCCAGAAUCUCCAGAAAGCCAUCGAUAGCAUCCCCGCGUAUGUCUCGAAGUGUGACUUUUUCAUGGCGUUGUGCCCUGUGGUUGAGAGCUCCGCGGCUGAUGAGACGUUCAGUGAGUACACAUGGUCUCAGAGAGGUUGGUGUUGCAUGGAGAAGUUGGUCUAUGAGCUUACCACGCACGAUGGGGCGUGGAUCCUGAUCAAGAGUCCCAUGCACCAGGAGCUGAAGCUCACGCCUCUCACAAACUCAUCGCCUGGCGAGGGCAGUUUCAGCAUCCAGUCGGACCGGGCGCGGGUAGGGAUGCUGCUCCAGACGUUUCUGAAGCGGAAGAUGCUCUCCUGCUUGGAGAAGAUGGAUUUGGCAGAGUACCGGCUGGUCCUCAACCGGCAGCCUGCUUUUCUUAGGGGCCUUGGCGUUCCGCUCGUGGAGGCCAUGGCUGGCAGGGAAGGUGACGGUGUGCUUGCAAGCUUUCUUCGCCAAAACGGGUUCAGAAACGUAACUGACUACGACAGUGCCGGCUGGUCGCCGUUGUGCUACGCCUGCCUAGGUGGUCGGGCAGAUGUGGUUCAGGCGUUGCUAGGAGCGAGCGCCAGUCCCAACGACAGGACCCGCAAGCCAUUGCGGGCAAUCAACUUGGACAAGAACAGCCCCGUUCUGUCCAUCGGUGCCAGAUUUAAAAACUAUGAGGUCAUGGAGCUGCUCAUCGCAGCCAGGGCGGAAGUGAAUUCCAAGGCAGUGCACGCACCUCUUGGUGUCGCAUGCUUGGGCGACGAUGCGCGUGGCGUGACCUUGCUCUGCUCUGCAAGGGCUGACCCGCACGCGAGGAACCCCUACGGGGACCACGCGCUGCGCAUGGCCGCUGCAGCCGGUGCGUCUCAUGCCAUUGAUGCGUUGUUGAGUCUCCCAAGUCUUUCGGCGCCCUUCGAUUUCUCCAUGGUCCUGCAUAACGCGGUGAUGCUCCAAGGAGGCUCGGUGGAGGUUGUCAGAUGCUUGAUUGAUGCCCAGGCAGACAUCAACGAGCAAUACCAGAGCAAGAUGGACCUGCUGGGGGUUGUCAUCGGGGUGAAGGCCUUGCAGUACAGGCUGUCGAAGCCGACAAUGACGCGCAGAGUGUCAUAUCACAUCCACAAGGCCACACCGUUAAUGCUGGCGCUCCUCUGCGGAAACUUUCAGGCUGCAUCGACGAUGGUUUUGCAGGGUGCUCUGCUCGAUGUGCGGAACUGCCGCGGCAAGACUGCCAUGGACUUCGCUCGGGAAGUGUUCGCACCACGGUACCUGAUGGAACGGAUGGAGGGGGAGGCGGGCCGAGCGUUCUCCAUCAUCUCUUGCAGUAGCCUGAAAGCUUCGCCGGCGGCAGUUUCACCAGAGGAGGAAGAGUCAGGUGCUUCUUCGUCUUCAUUUUUCGAGAUUUGA